GCCUAAGUGCCCAGAUUUGUAUACAAGAUCGUGAUUCAGACGCUUCGCUCGAUUAUUCGUUAAAUUCAUAAGAAUUUAUUGGCAAUUUGAAAAAUCUGAAAAUACAAAAAACUGGACUUAUUUCUACUAUUAUUCAAGGUUACUUACAGGAUUUAUCCGAAAUUCUCAACAAACUAUCAAAUUCAAUAAAUUCUUUUAUUAAUGCUGAUUCUGUCAAUUUAACAAGAAUUCUUCGAAAGCGAGCCUCCAAUUUUUAUUUGAGUAAUUUAUAAAAGUCAGAGCAAAAGUGAUAAUUGCUAAACAAAAGUAGGGGCUAGGCAUUCGACCAAUCAGCAAUAACCACAUGAAAGUUUAUUAGCUAUCAGAGGUGUGAUUUGUAACUGAGCAUAACUGAGCGAUACAGGCUGCAGAAACACAUGUGCUUCGUGACAUGUGGCUUAAAGAAGAUAGAGUACCUGCGACAGGUAGAAGGCGAGAGAAUUUCAAAUAUUAAAUAAUUUCUGUUAAAAUGCCUCCGUCUUGUGGAAGCGAGAGUUACACGGCUCUCGCACAAUCCAUGCAUAUGACAAGUGAAAAGAAUGCUGUGAAGAGUAUGGAGCCUAAUCGGCUCAGAAUAUUUCUGGUCUUCUUCUCUGGGAUUGGUGUUGCUGUCAUUGGAAUAUUGGCGUCUCAAUAUUUACGGGGCUUAUCCACUGAAUUUACAGGCCAUGAACUUCGCCGUGUAUUUAGUCCAUUACCAUCAGAAAGUUUUUUAAAUAUUUAUGAAGAAGAUACUCUCAAUAGAGCACUAAAAACCUUAGAAAUCCAAACACCUAAUCCAACUAAGAAGGCCUCGGUAUCAGAAGCUUUGACCUCAUUGCAUUUAGCAUUAGAAAUGAAAUUAUCAGGGAAACAAAAAAAGGCUGUGAAAUUAUUUCAACAUGCUGUCACUCUUGCACCAAAACAUCCAGAUGUGUUGAAUCACUAUGGUGAAUUUUUGGAAUAUAUGCAGAAGGAUAUAAUAAAAGCUGAUGAGUUCUAUGUCCGUGCUUUAACAUAUCAACCAACUCAUGAAGGUGCCUUAGUAAAUAGACAGAGGACAGCACGAGUUGUCGAAGAACUAGACCAAAUGAUGCUAAGACGCAUAGAUGAGAAGCGUGAUGCUCUGUCUGCAAUUCCAGAAAAUGAUAUUGCAUUGAUACGAGUCAAAAAGGAAGCUUACUUUCAACAUAUUUAUCAUACAGUUGGUAUUGAAGGCAACACCAUGAAUCUUGCACAAACCAGAGCCAUAGUAGAAACAAGAACAGCUGUUGCUGGAAAAAGCAUAGAUGAACACAAUGAAAUCCUGGGUUUAGAUGCAGCGAUGAAAUACAUUAAUGCAACAUUAGUAAAUAGAUCAAACGCCCCAGACUGGAACUUUUAUAACACAGCUUGCUGCGGUACUGAGAGUGAACAGACCUUUCAAACAGUGGGAUCCAUUUCUAUAAAGGACAUAAUAGAAAUUCACAGACGUGUAUUGGGACAUGUCGAUCCUCUGGAGAGUGGACAUUUUCGUCGAACACAAGUAUAUGUAGGCGGUCACAUACCUCCAGGACCUAGCGACAUACAUGUCCUCAUGGAGGAAUUUGCGUCGUGGUUAAACAGCGAAAGUGCCAUUCGAAUGCAUCCUGUAAGAUACGCAGCCCUGGCACAUUACAAAUUAGUGCACAUUCAUCCCUUCUCCGAUGGCAACGGAAGGACGUCCCGACUACUGAUGAACAUGAUCCUGAUGCAGGCUGGUUACCCUCCGGUAAUAAUUCAUAAACAACAUCGUCACAAAUACUACGAGAAUUUACAAAUAGCAAAUGCUGGUGACAUAAGACCUUUUGUCAGAUUUAUUGCCGAGUGUACUGAACAAACCCUGGACUUAUUUUUGUGGGCAACCAGUGAAUUUUCACGGCAAGUACCUGCUUUAAGUCAGGAUUCUCUUCUACCAGAAGACAACCACAACACCAUUAUCUUGGAUCAUGAAGGAAGUGGAGAUUUUGAAAAUGAUUAAAACAAGUGAUUCUGUGCUCAUGUGAAAAAUUACGAUUACUAAGUUUUUACCAAUUCAAUGCGUAUAUCUUGCGCAUAUUUUUAAGAUUAGCCAUAUUAUGAGGCUGUGCAUAAGACUGUGUAACUCCUUAAAUUAGGUGACAAAUUUAUGUCCUUUAGUCUGAAUGAUACGAAGCCCUGAGAUUGUCUCUCAUGUACUUCGUUUAAUAGUAUCGCUGGUCGAUCACAUUAAUCACGAAAUAAGAUACCAAAGGCAUGUAUUUAUUAUGACAGUGAAUGAUAGUUAUUGAUACAUUGCAUAGCAUAAAUUUACUUGAAUAAGUUAUUGAGUAUUUAUUUAAUAUUUGGAUGAUUCAUGAAUUGUAUAUAUUUGUUGCCGAUAUGGAGUGAUCAGACUUCAACUUGUAGAAAUUCAUACUUUUGUAGAAUAAAAGUUUCGCGAUAAACGAAUUUCUAGCUCCGUGAAUAAUAAAUUUUAAUAGGUUCAAUUGAAGUGUAUGAAAUUUAAAGCGUUAUACCAUAUGCUAAUAUGCCAUGGAUCAUCUUGAGACACUUAAAUUUGUAACGCGUGAAAGGCACGUGAUAUUUUGUAAAUAUAUUUCUUCCUAAUCAGCAAGGGGAAAAAACAUCAAGUUACCGAUAAGGUGGGUUUCAGUAGCUUUCACGCAGAAAUGUAUUAAAAACAUUCCGGAUAGUUUUAACUAACUGGAAUAUUCUUAAUAUUCUGACGGGUAGUCAAAGUUGGCUGGUAAUUGCUUAAAGUAGCAAAAUACCCACGGGCUCAAAGCCACCCUCCGCACCCAGUAAAAGGUUGCAAUGUUUAGGUGUGAGUCGUACGAAAAUACCUCUUUGGUUAAGGUUUAAGAAAAUAAAUUCCGUGCUGUCCAAAGUUAUAUUUAAGUUGCCAAUUAAAUGUUUAUAAUAUAUAAAGGAUUGUCAUUACGAGAUCAAUUAAAUAUAUUUUCAAUUA